GCCUGCCUGCAAUAGAAGUGACCAGUUUCGUUUCAUCCAAAUGGGUGCCUCAGAUGGCGGAUCACAAAGAAGUAAUGAGGGGCAUUGAGCGGCAUCCUGGAGUCCAGUAUCCUGUUCUCACGCCUAAUCUUCAAGGUUUUCAUUCUGCUAUUGCAGCAGGGGCUACAGAAGUCUCAGUAUUUGGUGCAGCAUCUGAAUCUUUUAGCAAAAUGAAUAUUAAUUGUUCAAUUGAAGAAAGCAUAGAAAAAUUUGAAGAAGUUGCUAAAUCUGCAAGGAAUAUGAGUAUUCCAGUGCGUGGGUAUGUGUCAUGUGCAUUGGGAUGCCCGUAUGAAGGAAACAUCAUACCAGCUAAAGUGGCAGAAGUAUCUAAACGGCUGUACAGUAUGGGCUGUUAUGAAAUCUCUCUGGGGGACACAAUUGGUGUGGGGACUCCUGGAAGUAUGAAAAGAAUGUUGGAAGCUGUUAUGAAAGAAAUUCCUCUGAGUGCUCUUGCUGUUCACUGUCAUGACACGUAUGGCCAGGCGUUAGCCAAUAUCCUCACAGCCAUACAGAUGGGAGUUGCUGUAGUGGAUUCAUCGGUUGCAGGACUGGGUGGUUGUCCCUAUGCAAAAGGUUCUACUGGAAAUGUAGCCACAGAGGAUGUGAUAUACAUGCUUAAUGGUCUGGGGGUCAAUACAGGAGUAAAUCUUUAUACAGUGAUGGAAGCCGGAAACUUCAUCUGUACAGCUUUGAACAAGAAAACAAACUCAAAGGUUGCACAAGCUUCCUUCAAUACUGGAACUAUCAAUUAAAUGGAUUUUUUUUGCAGCUUAAUUACAUUUGUCAUCUACCUUGACCAAGGACAUUUAUAUCAAGAAAACAAAUAUAAGAAAACCAUUUCAGCAAAGAACCAAAAUAGAACCCGUAUAUAACUUAUUAUGGGAAGAGAUACUGUACUGUACUGUUUUGUCAAGAAUUGUCUGAUUUGUAAGUGAGAAAUAAAUGGCUGUAGUACA